AUGCCGCCCCCGCGCCAGCGUCAAGCUGCAGACGACUCUCGCUCCGAAGCAUCCAGUGGCACAGCUGCAGCAGGCGCCAAUUCGAGCAGUAACAGACAACCUGGUCCAAAAUCUCGCAAGACGACUGGAAACAAUACCUCUGCGCCUUCCAACGGUGCCGUAAAAGAUCUCAAAGUCGCUGCAGCGACGGGCGCCGCGGCCGCUGCAGCAGCAGCAGCAGCAUCAGCAGCAUCUGCUGGUGGUGCUGGUGGUGCUGGUGCUGGUGCUGCCGGUCAAACUGGCGAUGACGCUUUACCCAGUAUCGCUUGGUCCCAAAUGCCCCUCUCGCUCCUCCACGACUACCGCCAUGCCCACAAACUCUCCACGCCCAGCGCAUACGCGCGCCCAAUCUCGCGCCUGCUACUUUCGUCGGGCGUUGGCCUGCGCUCGCCAACAGCUAUUGCCGCGCGCAGAGCGGCGCUUGCUGCGUCAACGUCGACGUCGUCGAGUUCGAAUUCAAGUGCGAGUGUGAUGAGCUCGAGUGAACGGUCGAAUAAUAAUACCAACAACGGCAGACGCAAUGCAGAUGAACCCUCCGAAAACAACAAUAACAACAACAGCAAAAACAACAGCAACAAAAACAAACACAAAAAAGAUACCCUGCACAAACAAAUCAACAGCCAAAACCGCAUCUCCAAAGACCAUCUCGCGCUCGCCGUGCGCAAGCAUUUCAAUGCCGCCGGUCUGGUGGAGCAAGAAGCCAUUGCACAAUUUCUGUACAAAGUGCGCGAGGAAGGGAAAGGGAGGGAGUUUCGGUUGCGGUUUCAGCCAUAA